GACGCGCGCAAGGUAGAGUUGAUUGGGAGAAUGGUAGUUGAAGUAAGAUGCAUAUAAAUGGUAUUUUGCACCGGUAGUUUUGAAUCCACUUUUCUCCCUUCUCAUUAUUUCUUCAAUUUUUUAUUUUUAUUUUUUAAAGACAAAAUAGCGAAGAUCCGAUUCUCAUUUUUAUUUUUACUCUUUAUUUUCCUACUUCAUCGUCUUCCCAACCCUUGUGUUUCAGCGAAGCGUCUCUCUCCCUACUGUGCUCUAUUUACCUCGAUCGAACCCUGCGGUUCCUUCUAGAACCUUCCACAACCAGAGCUUCGCGUCCCUGUUUCUCUUCGAUCAAAUUCAAUCUCACUUUUUGAUUUUUUAUUUCAUCGUUAUUUGGAGUAUGAAAUGAUGAACGGAAGAGGUGAAGUUGGUUCACCAGAUCCGUUGGAUUCGUUCCCUCCGUUACGGAUUCGGCAAUCGGACGGUGCAUCGCGUCACUCUUCCGAUUCCGAGUUCGAGCGCUAUUGUAGCGCCAACUCGGUGAUGGGGACCCCAAACACCAGCAUGAGCAUGUGCAGCGCCAUAACGCUGUUCCAUGAUUUCUCCGAUUGCGACUUUGCUUGUUCUUCCGUCGACGGUAACAACGGUUUAGAGAAUUUGAAUUUAGGAAGAGGAAUCGUGGAGAUUAGGAACAACGACCAGAAGCGGAAUUUGCGCUACGGUUCCAGUGGAUUGGAGUUGUACGGUGAUUGCAGUGAUGACCUUUCUAUGACUGUGCUCGAUUCGUCAGAGUUGAUCGGGUUUAAGGAAAAUGAAGUGUCUAAGGGGAAUCGUGAAGAGGAUGGUGGAAACGGAAUCGAUGGUUUUGGAUUGGAAAUUGAAGACAGAGAGUUGAAGAGGGAAGAAGAAGGGGAAUUUUCGGAGGGUGAUGAUUCUGUUUAUGAUUAUGGGAGUGAUGGUGAUGAAGGAAAUGAGACUUAUUUGUCGAGGAGUGUGUGUUAUCGUCGGGAGCCAGAAGUGCGGAGCGAGGAUCCUUUGAUUAUGAACUCCUCUGUGGCCUUUGGUUUACGAGACUUGGAUGAUUAUCAUAGGAAGCUGGAAGCGGGAAAUGAGAAUUCCUUGUUUAUGAACUCUUCUGUGGCCUUUGGUUCACGAGACUUGGAUGAUUAUCAUAGGAAGCUGGAAGUGGGAAAUGAGAAUUCCUUGUUUAUGGACUCUUCCGUGGCAUUUGGUUCACGAGACUUGGAUGAUUUCUUGCUGCAAAACGGACCAAUGUCUGGCAUGAAUGAUCUGUUUUGUGAUCGGCGGGAAAAUAAUGGUCAAGUUCAAGAGAAUAGGGUGGAUUCUGGGUCUGUGGGUUUGAAUGGUUUUGGUCAGGAGGAAGAAAAAGAUGGAAAUGACACGAUCAUGGUCAAUAAAGAAGUUGAAGAAACUAAAGAUAUUGAUUGUUCUGCUGCUAUAAAAGAGGCCCGGGAUGGGGAAAUUAUUGCAGCAUGUGGUCAAGUUCAAAAUGCUGAUGUGUGUAAUACCAUAACAGAAAGUUUUCCCUUAACUGAUUGUUCUAAUGGUGUCAUACCACAGGUCCAAGGGUCUGACAUAUUGAUUAGUUGUACUGAUACUACUUCAAUGACUAAGGUUGACGAAGUUGAUUUGAAUCUGUUGGCAAAAGAAGCUCCUCAGGAUAUGGGUUUGGAUGCUACUGAUGGUGGUAGCAUGGAAAGGAGGAAUCAGUGUGUCAACAUUGAGAAAGCUAUUGCCACUGGUAAUGCUCAACUUGUAAACCCGGAGCUGGAUAAUUCUAAGUUCAAGUUGGAUCACUUUUGCGAUAACAGAGUUGAUAAAAAUUCUUUCAAUCUAUCCAACCAACUAGGGGAUAUUAAUGCAAAAUCAUUUGAGAGCCUUGAAAAAAUUGCGCAGCCUUUGAAUAGUAGAACAAGGAAAACAUUAGAGAGCUCUUCCACUUCAACUGAUCUCUUUGAAGAAAGUCCUGUGACAUCUAAGAUUGAGGACUUUGAGUUAAAUGAAUUCUAUGAUGAGGUUGUUCAGGAAAUGGAAGAAAUUUUACUGGAAUCUAUGGAUUCUCCUGGGGCUAGGUUUUCCAUGGGUAGCAACAGACUGCUUGAGCCACAAUUGGCUACACCUUUAAGAGAUGGUGGGUUGACUGCUUCGACUUCUACUACAGAUGAUGCUUACCUGCUUGUUCAGCGCCCAAGAAGAAUAGAUAAGAUUGAAGUGGUAGGUGCAAGGCAGAAGAAAGGGGAUGUUUCUUUCAGUGAAAGAUUGGUUGGGGUGAAGGAAUACACUGUAUAUAAAAUUAAAGUGUAUAGUGGCAAGGAUCAGUGGGAAGUUGAAAGAAGAUAUCGCGAUUUCCUUGCUUUUUAUCGUUGCAUGAAAACCUUAUUCAAUGAGCAAGGCUGGAAAUUACCUUUGCCUUGGUCUUCUGUUGAAAAGGAAACCAAGAUAUUUAGAAGUGCAUCAUCUCCUGAUAUUAUUGUGAAGAGAAGUGUUCUCAUUCAAGAGUGUUUGCAGUCUAUUCUCCGCUCCAGGUCCUUUUCAAGUCCUCCAAAAGCAUUGAUUUGGUUUUUGUCCCAUCAAGAUUCAUUUCCUACUUCACCUGUCUCAGAUACACCUGUGUCUCAGUCUUCUUUUACAAGAGGGGAAAAUAUUCAGAACUCUUCCACUUUAGGGAAAACCAUUUCACUUAUAGUUGAAAUUCCACCAAACAAAUCUAUGAAAAAGUUAUUAGAAGCACAACAACACACAUGUGCUGGAUGCCAUAAACAUUUUGAUGAUGGAAAAGCUUUGAUUUGGGAUUUCGUACAGACAUUUGGAUGGGGUAAGUCUCGACUUUGUGAAUACACUGGUCAGUUGUUUUGCUCUUCUUGCCAUACAAAUGAGACAGCAGUCUUGCCAGCAAGGGUUUUACAUCAUUGGGAUUUCACUCAUUAUCCUGUUUCUCAGCUUGCAAAGUCUUAUCUGGAUUCUAUACAUGAUAAGCCUAUGCUUUGUGUCACUGCAGUUAAUCCCUUGCUUUUGUCAAAGGUCCCAGCCUUGCUUCACAUCAUGAGUGUCAGAAAAAAGAUAGGAACAAUGCUUCCAUAUGUUCGCUGCCCAUUUCGGAGGUCUAUCAACAGAGGACUUGGAAACAGGAGAUAUCUUCUUGAAAACAAUGACUUUUUUGCUCUUAGAGAUUUGAUUGAACUUUCUAAAGGAGUCUUUGCUGCACUUCCUGUGAUGGUGGAGACUCUGUCAAGGAAAAUCCUGGAACACAUUACUGACCAAUGCCUCGUAUGCUGUGAUGUGGGAGUCCCCUGCAAUGCUCGACAAGAAUGCAGUGACCCAUCUUCUCUCAUUUUCCCAUUUCAGGAAGAUGAUAUUGAAAGGUGUAAAGCUUGUCAAUUGGUUUUCCAUAAGCGUUGCUUUAGAAAACUUGCAAAUUGUCCUUGUGGAGCACAACUCAGAUUGAACGAGACACGGAGCUUAUCUAACAGAGCAUGCCAAAUGGGAGGUGGUGAAACAAGAGGAGUUUUGGACUUGUUUGGUAGGGGACUGAGUUCUGGGUUAUCAACCAGGUUCCUCUCUGGACUGUUUACGAAGGAAAAGCCUGAGAUGUCUGGGGAGCAUAAAGACGAAAAUAUUAUUUCAAUGGGUUCCUUUCCUAGCACUUCUUUAUGAUCACAUCCUGUACCUUAGAAUAGAGUUGUCUGUCUAUAUCUCAAGGUUGAUCAGCUAUACCACUCAUUCUAUUGCAUCUUAGGAGGUUUCUUCGAUAAUCACAGUUGUUUAUGUAGUCAUUUUUUGGGCUUGCCAUUCUUUGUAGCAAAAAUUCAUGUAUAGUGUGCUAAGCCUUUUUUUUUCUUCAUUCUUUUCUUUUAUCUUCAAUGACUAUUGCUUGCUUUUGUCGCAUUUAUUGAAUAUAACUCUAGGAG